UAAAGACACAGAAAGCUGAGGCGAGCUAGGAAGUCAGAUAUCAGCACUCUAUAAACAUCUUUCAGUGCUUACCAGGACAUCUUACCAAGAUCAAGAACCUUGUGAAGAUAGAGAAGAGGAUAUUACACAUCUUUGUACUCUUUCCUUUCAAUGAGAAGGAUGAGACCUCAAAUAAAAAUAAUUUUAGCAAACUUCUUCUUUGAAUAUGAAACACCUCGACAGGUUCUGGUCCGGAACAAAAAAGUUGCAGUUGCAUGCAGAAUCAUCCAAAUGGGUGUUCUAGCCUACAUCAUUGGGUGGGUGUUCAUGUAUGAGAAAGGCUACCAUGCGAUAGAUACCGCCAUAGGCUCUGUCUUCACCAAGAUGAAGGGAUUGUCCUUCACAAAUAUAAGCGGAAAGGCGAGGAUAUGGGAUGCAGCUGAUUUUGUUUUUCCUGAACAGGGUGCCUCAUCUUUUGUUGUGAUGACGAACUUCAUUGCCACUGUGGGACAGAAACAGGACAAAUGUCCUGAGCUGCAAGAUGCGAAGAACACGUGUAAGACUGAUGCGGACUGUGAUGAGGGCAAAUACAAACGUACGGGAAAUGGGCACAUGACGGGCAGGUGUAUAAGCAAUACCAGUACUUGUGAAAUCUACUCCUGGUGUCCAGUUGAAGAUGACCGUCAAAUACCAGACCCUCCAGUCCUGCUGACAUCAGAAAACUACACACUGUUCAUCAAAAACUCCAUUACCUUUCGCCAGUUUAAUGUAGUAAGGAGUAACUUGGUGGAGAGUGUGAAUCAGAGUUACAUCAAUACAUGUUUGUAUCAUCCCAAGACUGAUCCACUGUGUCCCAUCUUCAGACUGGGAGACAUCAUUAAGCUCUCUGGGUUCGAUUUCUCAGAGAUAGCUCGUGUGGGUGGUGCUAUAGGACUUCUCAUUGACUGGGACUGCAAUCUGGACCUCAGUAUCAAAUACUGCAUUCCAAAGUAUGAAUUCUAUGGUCUUUAUGGAACAGGGAGAAAUGACAAACAAGACAAACCAUCAUUGGGAUACAAUUUUAGAUAUGCUAAAUAUUAUGUGGAGAAUGAGGUGGAGAAGAGAACAUUAAUGAAGGUGUUUGGUGUACGGAUAGACAUCAUUGUUAAUGGACGAGCAGGAAAGUUUGAUAUCAUCCCAACAUUGACGGCUAUAGGCUCAGGAGUAGGAAUCUUCGGAGUGGCAACCGUUGUGUGCGAUUUGUUCCUCCUAUAUUUUGUUCCAAAGAGAGAUUUCUACAAAAACAUGAAAUUCAAGCAUACAGAAACCCCAGAGGAGAAACCAGCCUUACCUCAGUCAGAGACAGAAAAAGAUCUACCAACGCUGUGGUCACAGUAAUUCAGAUCUUUGCUGUGCACAGGAGUAAAGUCAGGACGGCUGCCAUGACGACUAUUGCACUGAAGACAGAGAGAGGGGGAAAAAAAACCCACCUCAACACUGGAGCUAAAGCAAGACGGCUGGGAGAAUUGACACACAGAACUGCCAGACAUCACUUUUCCAUUCUGAAUCACAAUUCCUUCCCAAACUACUGAGGAAAGAUAUAAAAUCACUGUUAUUAUUUAAGACUCUAAUACCCACUGGAUGUGUUCAUAUUGAGAGGCUCAGGACUGUUAAGGUUCACAAUUCUAUGAGGGUCUUGAAGUCUUUACAAGGUUCCAAAAGUGUUUGGCAAUAACCGUGUGAUGUUUGGAUAUGUCAUGCUCUGGAUAUGGUAUCCUGUAUACUUUAAAAAAGCUAUUUUUUACUGAUAGGCGUUUUGUAUAGGUUUUGUUGUUGUUUUUGUAGCAAGUCAAACUGUGACCCUCUAAUUUUUGUGUAAAAUAAAGGUUAGGUGGUCAGCGAAACGUAUGAGGUUGAAACUAAGCAGCUCUUAAAGACUGGUGAGUGAUUUAGGCCUCUAGUUUUUGUUUUAGCUCAUUCACAAAACACUCAGCCAAGAAACAUAGGAUGCUCUAUGUCAAAAGCCUGGUAUUUUGUUAUUAGUACACAGCCUUCUGGACUGCUUUCAUUUAAUUGGUCAAAUGCAGCAUUUAAUGAUAUGAAAUAAUGACUACCGCUCAUUCAGGAACUCUUAGCUGUGCUUGUGUUCUCUCAGUAAAAGUAAUUUUUAAUCAAAUCAAUAGUCCAUAGCCAUAUAUUUACUUGUUUUAAACGAAGUUGUGUAGUCAUUGUACAAGAGAGAAUUUUUGGACACUCAUGCAGUCUCUUUCUUCUCACCUAACAAAAUAGUUUGGUCUCACUUUAGUUUGGGGACCAAUUCUUACUAUUAAUAAAAUCUUAAUUUGCUGCUUAUUAAUAAGUUAGUAAGGUAAUUGUUAAGUUUAGGUAUGGGGUAGGAUUAAGGGAUCUAAAAUAUAGAGAAUAUGCAGAAUAAGGUAUUUAUUUAUUGCUUUAUACGUACUAAAGAACAAUCAAUAUGUUAGUCAUACGCAUGCUAAUAAGCAACUGGUUAAUAGUGAGAAUUGAUCCCUAACCUGAAGUGUUACCAAUAAUUGAAACUCACAUCAAAAUAAAAACCUCUCAGGU